UCAAUUGUCAGAAGUUUAUUCACAAAUCUUGUUUACAUUUUAAUAGUGUAGUGUUUUUAAUUUUAGAAAACUUAAAACAAAUAAAUAAACAGGAUAAUUGCUUUAGUAAUUUUAAUAUUACUUCUAGAUUUCUAAAAACAUAGAAAAGGCGGUGAAUUAGGCGUGAACGUAUAUACAAAAGGAUUCUCCUCGUUCCAAUGCUAUGUGGCGUUUUAUGUAUUUUUGUCCGUGAUUUAGAUGACUUAUUUUCCUUUUGAUAACCUUUAACACGGGCUUUCUUACUGUAUUUAAGCAUAAGUUUUCUUAGACCUCGUGUGAAGACGUAUCUUCAUCUACUAUGGACUGAAUCUUUAAUAAAACAAUGAUAAUAACGGUACUGGUACUUGUACUGUUGAACGGGUUCCUAAGUUAUGCGGAAUAUGUGAAUAUCAAUUGUAGCAAUAAUUCCGAGUCAAAAUUGACUUUUAUUCCUAGCAAAGAUGUUGCAGGACGUUAUAAUAUUAAUUGGUGUACAGAGAGUGAUAAAGAGGUGACAAGUUGGGAACUCACUUUAAGGUAUAUUGAAAAUAGGUCAGAGAAUGAAUGCCAAAAAUAUAGCCUUAUGAUGAGAGGUCCUCAACACUCAUUCUUUCGAAGAAGAUUGGAUAUGGAUCUCAACUGUACAAAUGCGUGCUUUUCAACAAGUUUGGAUCUAAUAUUUAAUGGCACUUGUUAUCACAUAAAGACCUUACUUCAUCAUGGAAAUAACAGUACCAGUCCCAGUGAUUAUGUUUUUUAUGCCAAAAAUGAAUAUUCAAAACAACAAUUUACAGAAAGCCAAAGUCCCGUCAAUACACAAAGCAAUGGUGAGCAUCUGACUGUUCACUGGUUCCUGAGCUACAUACCAGCUUCAGAAUAUUCAAUGGAUUUGUUUGGGAACUCAACUGGUCAACCUCCGAUAGACGUAACCAACAAUUGUACUGUAGUAGGCAGAAGGCAAACUGAAGUAGUGUGCUCUUUGUGGGUGCCCUAUGGUGACUAUCGGAUGCGACUCCAACAUUUGGCACCUUGGACAACUGGAUCGAUAUUUAACUCUAUCACAGAGUACAGCUUUGAGCAUAAACCAGAGAAUCCGGUGCCUGUUACACAUGACAAUAGUGGGCUGCUAUGGAUCACCUGUGGAGCUCUUGCAUUCGCUGUUACACUUGCCGUUGCCCUUGGGCUAGUUUGUCGCCGUAUCGAAAGCAAACGGGUUUGGAUGCAAUGGAUAAUGCAAUCAGUAUGGAAGCGGAAUUCGGCAGGAACGUGUCGCGGUCGCGUAGUGCUCGUAUACGCAAGGGAUUGCCCGCACGUUAUGAGGCUUGCAGCCGCAUUAAGAACGCUCUUAGCUCGUGUCACUGAUGACCCGGUGUAUGACGUGUACUGUCCCGAACGCUGGUCGACAAUCGCAGGUGCUGCAGGUGAGUGGAUGCGACGAGCUGUGACGUCACCUGAUACACGACUGGUGUUAUUGCAGACUCCUGCCCUGCAACACCUGCAUCGGGCUACAGGGGAUCUUACGCCUGAACAUCCACUCCUAGGCAGUGUUGCGGUGUACCGUCAGCCACAUGGUGCUGAUGAGUUGGUGACGCUCGCAUUGCGGCUUCUCAACGAAACUGCGCACCGUACCGCGCAGUAUCGCAAGUUCUAUAAGAUCACUGUAUCCGGUCUGGAAGUGGACGUAGUACCCACAGUGACCCCAUACCGCAGCUAUCAGUUGCCCCAAGACGCGCUAGUCUUGCUUCGAGAUCUCGAUCCAUCUCUUUUCCCCACCGAUUCUGUCCAGACCCCCAAUGAGGAAAAUCGAUCUUCAAAUGAAGCCCCCCUUAACCGGUUUCCUUCUGUCGAAGCCCCCCAAUCUCCUCCCGAAAACCCCGAGCUUAAAAAGGAAUUGCAAGUACUUCAAGAGGCAGCUUCGGAACUGGUCGCAUACGUGCGUGAAAAUCCUGCCUAUUUGACGGAACAGCUCUUCUUUAUAUAAGUGAGAAUGCCUGACGCAUAUGACUAAUCCAAUCGCCCAUGUGCGGCGAGAUUCCUUAUGCGGGACCAACAAGGAGUGUCAGGUGUUUGAAAUUUCUACUUUAAACUCAAGGUCACGUGACCCAACGAAGGAUCAAAAUCUACAAUAAAAUAAAUUAUGCAUUUGUCGUUAUAAAGUACGACUCAAAUAACAAUUGAAUGGGAAUAUUGCAUUUGGUGUACGCGUAUUAACAAAAGUUUUAUAUCAGUUUUAAACUCGAUUAACAUUAUUUAUCAAACUUAACCUGUGGAAUGCAGAAGUCGUCUACGUGUUGUCUAUAGCCGUAAUAACGUUUUAGUAUAUAAUAAAAAAAUACAUGUUCAUUAGUUAGGUCACGUGACCAUCCCCAUACAUCGUUUGGCGGUAGUGAUUCACACCUAAAGUGAAUCGCAGGUUAAACCUCAGGUCAACUGAAACUUUUUACGAUAUUUUAUACCGUAGAGAACAGGUUUUGUCUAUGUAAACGUAACAUCAGUCUUGUUUAGUUGUUUAGUUUGUAUUAAAUGUGGAAAUUUUUGUACAAUGCAACUUGUCAGUCUUGUAGAUAUAGAAUAAGAGUUUUUAAAAACUUACUUUACUGGUAUUCGUGACCUUGAAAAAUGAUAUACCUACCUCAUACAUUCACUUGAUAUUGGUGAAAACCCCAAUGAAGUCCGUGCAGUAAUUCUUGGUAUUAUCCCGAAUAGACAGACAUACACGGCGAAAGACUUGUUUUUAUAUAAUUUCACAUGUGUGACUGACUUAGGUGGGCAUCUUUUCACUUGAACUCAAUACAUCAUGGUUAGAGCGCGGCCACACGAUGCGGUAAAGCUGCGGUGCGGCGCCGCAGCGGUGCUGCAACGUCAUCCUACAUACAAAUUACAUGCGCGGCAUCGCACCGCAAGCGCGCCGAACUUGUGACCUGCGAGACGAGGCGUUUUUGUCCCACCAUCGUUAUUUUUUAAUAUAUGACACUCAUAAACGUGGUUUUCUAUUGGUAAAAAUAAUAAAAAUCCAGACAUUACCUCUAUAUUAGUAUGAAUAAAUAUUGAACAGAUGUGAAAGGGAUUGUAGGAGUCGUGCACUAAAAGGCAGAAGCCUCGGACAAUACGUAAAAUCGAAUUCGUACUAUCGCAAUAGUCGUAGCGGUAUAUUUUUGUGUAAAAGAACACCCUGAUAUGUAUGUAUGUUUGUAUGUAUGUGUAUUUGGAAUAAAAUUGAAGUACUAACAUACGUUUAAUAUAAAAUACAUGUAGAAUCUGCGGAAAGAAAACUGCGUGGCGGUUAUACAAACUAUUAACAUUCUAGAAUUCGAUACAUUUUUCAAGUAUCAAGAUUUAUGUCGAACUAUAAUGACGUAAUGCUGCCAACAUAACAAAAAAGGUAAUUUAAGACAGCUCAAAUCAUGACGUUUUCUUUUCGCACAGACUAUAUCGUUACUUGUGCUGAAACUGCAGCUGCCCUGUACAAAAAACAAUUAUCUAGUCUAAUCUAAUAUAUCAGACAGAUAGGACCCCGAAUUUGUUACUAGAUGGCGUUCUUAUUACAUUUGCGUCUAUAUCUGUGGUAGGAUACGAUAUUUCAAAAACCUACCACCCCUAUGUUGUCUUAAAAUGCAUUCGUGAACCCUAUGGCAUUGCUGUCUAUGGACGACGGACCCACUUGUAUAUUCAAAAUUGUCUAUUCCACUUUAUUUAUUAAAACAGUUCUUGAAAAAGAUUCUACAAAUUCAACCAAAUGAACUUCGAAGUGAAUAAUAAAUAAAUAUAUAAAACUAAUUUCAACCUUGAGUCAGUUUCAAUUUUACUUAUUGUGUCAUCUUACAGAUAUUGUUUUUUAAAUAUAUGGCAGAGACACUAUAUAUUAAAUAUUGUUAUAAAUAGCUUUAUAUUUUUGUACCAUAGAUAAUGUUGUAUGAACUAUGUGGCCUUACAUAAGUUGUUGUUAUUGUUUUGUUAGUAAUAAGAGUCGUUUAGAUUAAGAAAUGUAAAACCAUAAUGUAUAAUGAUAGUCAUUGUUAACUUUUAAUAAUACAAACACCAAAACUUA